AUGGAACUUCUCUCCACAAAGGGAAAGUUUUUUCCUAACUACAAGUGUGCUAUCCGGGAAAAUCUGGUAGCAGUCAUUGGGGGACCUAAUUCUGAUGUUGAUCUCAACAUGGCAGUCAUGCUGUAUAACUACAAGAUCCCACAGCUCUCAUAUGGCUCCGCCCUAAUAAUGGAUAACAAAAUACAAGGAGUUUUCUUCCACCAGAUUUUCCCAAAUGUGGACCAUCAGUAUAAGGGCAUGCUCCAGUUACUGCUUCAUUUCAGGUGGACAUGGAUUGGCAUACUUUAUUUGGAUGACAGCAAUGGUGAGAGAUUUGUACAGAAUGUACUUCCCAAGUUCUCUCAGAGUGGCAUCUGCUUUGAUUUCAUAGACAAAAUCCCAGAACCAACAUUUUCCAAUAAUGCCGAUGUAAUGGUGGACUAUGGGAUUCAAAUGGUAAAGGUUAUCAUGGGCAGCACUGCCAGUGCUUUGGUUGUACAUGGUGAAAUUCAGACCAUGGCUUAUGUGAGAACAUCCGUCUGUUCCUCAGUAUUUUUUGAUAUACCAGUGAAAACAAAGGUCUGGAUCAUGACAGCCCAGAUGGACUUCACAUCACCUUCCUUUCCAAUAAGUUGUGGCAUAGAGUUAAUCCAUGGUUCCAUAUCCUUUGCAAUACAUUCAAGUGAGUUGCUAGGAUUCCAGAAACUCCUUCAAGCAAGAAACCCUACCUUGACAAAAGGAGAUGACUUUAUCAGAGACUUCUGGGAGCAUGCAUUUAAAUGUUCAUUCUUAAAAUCUGUAGUAGACAAUUUGGACAGCAAAAUCUGCACUGGAGAGGAGAAGCUGGAGACUCUACCCGCAACAGUUUUUGAAAUGAGCAUGACUGGCCACAGCUAUAGCAUAUACAACGCUGUCUAUGCUGUGGCGCAUGUUCUGCACAGCAUUGAACUACUUAAAUCCAAGCCGAGAGCAACGGCAAAUAGAAGGGGGUGGACACAACCAUGGGAGCUCCACCACUACCUGAGACAUGUUUCAUUUAACAACAGUUCUGGGGAAAAGGUAUCCUUUGAUGAAAAUGGGUCCUUAGUUGCUGGAUUUGAUAUUAUAAAUUGGAUCACAUUCCCAAACCAAUCUUUUCUUAGAGUGAGAGUUGGGAAAAUAGACCCACAAGCUCUUACUGGCGAAGUGCUCACCAUUUCUGGAGAUGACAUUAUAUGGCCCAGCAAAUUCAACCAGACACCGCCCCGUUCAUUGUGUAAUGACAACUGUCAUCUGGGUUAUAGGAGGGCUAAGAAGGAAGGGAGACCAUUUUGUUGCUAUGAUUGUUUGCCUUGUGCAGAAGGAAAGAUCUCAAAUAAGACAGACAUGGAUGACUGCAUUCAAUGUCAAGAAGAUCAAUAUCCAAAUCGUGGCCAGGAUUUAUGCAUUCCGAAAUAUUUAAGUUUCUUGUCUUAUGACGAACCUUUGGGGACCUGUUUGGCCAUUUUUGCUCUUUCCUUCUCUUUCCUCACAGCUCUGGUGCUUGGAGUCUUCAUUAAGCACCAGGACACUCCCAUCGUCAAAGCCAACAACCGGAGCCUCACCUACAGUCUCCUCAUCUCCCUCCUGCUCUGCUUCCUUUGUGUAUUCCUAUUCAUUGGUCAGCCUGAGAAGAGAUCGUGCCUCUUUCGGCAACCUGCGUUUGGCAUUAUCUUCUCAAUGGCAGUUUCUUGGGUGUUGGCCAAAACCAUCACUGUGAUCAUGGCUUUCACGGCCACCAAGCCUGGGUCCAGGAUGAGGAAGUGGAUAGGGAACAGACUGGCCUUUUCCAUUGUUCUCUUGUGCUCCCUUAUUCAAACCACUCUUUGCGCUGUGUGGCUGGCAACCUCUCCCCCAUUCUUGUAUUUUGACAUGCACUCAAUGACUGAAGAAAUUGUUCUGGAAUGUAAUGACGGUUCAGUUAUUAUGUUUUACUGUGUCUUGGGCUUUAUGGGCUUCCUAGCCAUUGUCAGCUUCACGGUGGCUUUCCUAGCCAGGAAAUUACCUGACAGUUUUAAUGAAGCCAAGUUUAUCACCUUCAGCAUGCUUCUGUUUUGCAGUGUUUGGCUGUCCUUUGUUCCCACCUACCAGAGUACCAAGGGAAAAUACAUGGUUGCCGUGGAGAUCUUCUCCAUCUUAGCUUCCAGUGCGGGGUUACUGAUUUGUAUCUUUUUACCAAAAUGCUAUAUCAUUGUGGUUAGGCCUGAGUUGAACACUAGGGGACAGCUAAUAAGGAUAAAUGAUUAA